CUGCUUUCCUGCGUCUGGUGAAACCCGAGAGUUGGCGCGGGGAACGCGGAUGGUGAUGGCGGGGCCUCCGAAGUCUCUCUCGGGACAGGACGUAGGAUCAUUUGCCUAUAUUACAAUUAAAGAUAGAAUACCACAGAUCUUAACCAAGGCUAUUGAUACACUGCAUCGACACAAAAGUGAAUUUUUCGAGAAACAUGGAGAGAAAGGCAUGGAAGCUGAAAAGAAAGCAAUUUCUCUUCUGUCUAAAUUACGGAAUGAAUUGCAAACAGAUAAACCAAUAGUUCCUUUAGUUGAAAAGUUCGUUGAUACUGACACAUGGAAUCAGUACUUAGAAUAUCAACAGAGCCUUUUAAAUGAAAGUGAUGGGAAACCAAGGUGGUUUCUUUCCCCGUGGUUGUUUGUGGAAUGCUACAUGUAUCGGAGGAUUCAUGAAGCAAUUAUCCAAAGUCCGCCAAUCGAUGACUUUGAUGUAUUUAAAGAAUCAAAAGACCAAAGUUUCUUUGAGUCGCAAGAAUCUAUCAUUGCUUUAUGUACUCACCUGCAAGAGUUGAUGAAAAGUAUUGAAGACCUAGAUGAAAAUCAGCUGAAAGAUGAGUUUUUUAAAGUUCUUCAGAUAUCACUGUGGGGAAAUAAGUGUGAUCUCUCUCUAUCAGGCGGGGAAACUAGCUUUCAGAAGACCAAUAUAGUAAAUUCUUUGGAAGACCUAAAACCUUUCAUUUUAGUGAAUAACAUGGAACAGCUUUGGUCGUUGCUCAGCAAUUGCAAGAAAACAAGAGAAAAAGCAUCUGUUACUCGAGUGAUUAUUGUUCUGGACAAUUCUGGGUUUGAACUUGUUACAGAUUUAGUAUUAGCUGACUUCUUGUUGUCCUCUAAACUGGCUACUGAGAUCCAUUUUUACGGAAAAAUGAUUCCAUGGUUUGUUUCUGAUACUACUGUGCGUGAUUUUAACUGGUUACUCAAACAGCUGAAACAUUCUAAUCAUAAGUGGAUGUCCAGGUGUGGGGUUGACUGGGAAAACCAUAUAAAAACAGGCAGGUGGGUUUACCUGGAUCAUAUGUUUUGGACUCUACCUCAUGAAUUCAGCGCAAUGUCUCAAGUUGCUCCUGACUUAUAUGCCGCACUACAGAAGGCACAUUUAAUUUUAUUUAAGGGGGACCUGAAUUACAGGAAGUUGACAGGUGACAGAAAGUGGGAGUUUACCAUUCCAUUUCAUGAGGCUUUGAAUGGCUUCCACCCCGCGCCCCUCUGCAGUAUAAGAACAUUAAAAGCUGAGGUUCAGGUUGGUCUGCCGCCUGGGCAAGGGGAACAGCUCACAGCUGCUGAGCCCACCUGGCUGACCAAGGGGAGGUAUGGAGUGUUUCAGUUUGACGGUCCGCUUUGACUUGCUGUCGGAGCUCUCCGCUGAGUAGGAAGGUCUGACAGGCACUCUUCUUCAUCUCCGGAACAGCAGCGUGUGCAUUUAGGCGCUUGGCUGCUCCGCGCAGCUCUGGGCCGCUUGGCUUCUCAGUGCUCUCUUACCUCCGCUCUGAGGCUUUCUCCUUUGGACAUGUUGCCCCACUGCUUUGUUUUGGGGAAAGACGGGUUACACUAGUUACAGCUACUUAGGUUUAUGUCGGAACUUUAGUAACUUAUUUCAAGUUAAAUGCAUCAUUUCAAAUGGUUUUCAUGAACUUAACUGGGCCGAAAACAAAGUUUUCUUACAACUGUGAUAUUUGAACACAUGAAAGUUAAAACUUAGCUCUGAAGUUAAUUCUAAAUUUUAUUUCUCCUUGAAUUUCAUUUCAUUUCAUUUCAAUAACCUGUAUUAUUUGCACGUGUUUGCCUUUUGAUUGGCCUGUGGAAUGGAUGGAAGGAAACACAGAAUGAAGUUCCAUAAUACUUGAAGAAAUGUAACACCUUUUACCUUCUCUUUGUGAUAUUAAUAAUCAACUGGGAUAUGUUAUUUUAACACAUAAAAGUGUUUUAAAUGAACAAGAUUGCCUUGCAGUUAAACAAAAAACUUUAGAUAGAAAAGGUUCUUAUGCCUUGAUUUUGGAGUACUACCAACAAGUUAAUUCACUUUUUGUAUUCUUAAGUGUUUAUUGGUAAUCACCAGCUAUUAAAGACUCUAAAGUUUCAGGUCAGUUUGUUUUGAAAUUGAAAUUGGAAAUAAACCUGGAAAUGUUUUCUUGCACUAGAAUAAUAAAAUGAAUUGUACUGAAAAA